UCUAAGACGAAAAAUUGUGUGGGUUACAUGGCCUGGCUUUAAAGACUGUAUCUGAGUAUUGAUUGGACCAUUCAAAAGAGGACUGCCUUACGGGAAAUACAGUUGUGACAUUUAGAACUGGAAUAGCUGUAACCUGUUGUACAAUAUUCAGGAAUGUUGAAGACAUUUUCAACAUGGACGAGACCAUGAAAACCUGUCUUCAGUUGAUUUGAACAAGAAGGACUUAAAACGUACUGAGUUGGAAAACUAAAGAGGUCACAAUGUCGUCGGUGAAGGUGGCAGUGCGUGUGCGGCCGUUCAACACACGGGAGAUAAACGCCAACUCCAGGUGCAUCAUAUCUAUGAACGGCAAUGAAACCAUUAUUGAAAAUCCAAAGCCAUGUGGACCAAAGGAUUCCAAAGAGCAAUACAAGAACUUCUCCUUUGACUACUCAUACUGGUCACAUACCACCGAAGAAGACCCACAAUUCUCCACACAGAAGAUGGUUUACAAUGACAUUGGGCUGGAGAUGUUAGAACACGCCUUUGAGGGCUAUAAUGUGUGCAUAUUUGCAUACGGGCAGACGGGCUCCGGGAAAAGUUACACCAUGAUGGGUCGCAAUGAGCCUGGGCAGGAGGGCAUCAUUCCACAGUUAUGUGAAGACCUGUUUGAUAGAAUACACAAAAGAGGCAAAGACAUAGAAUACUCAGUGGAGGUGAGCUACUUUGAGAUCUACUGCGAGAAGGUGAAGGACCUUUUGAACCCCAGUAACAAGGACAACCUCCGAGUAAGAGAACACCCGCUGCUGGGUCCGUACGUAGAGGACCUGUCAAAGCUUGCCGUGCAGUCGUUUGAAGAUAUAAAUAACCUAAUUGAUGAGGGAAACAAGGCCAGAACUGUGGCCUCCACCAAUAUGAAUGCUACAAGUUCCCGUUCCCACGCAGUGUUCACCAUAGUGUUUUCACAGCGUCGUAAAGACGAGCAGACCAACAUGACUGGCGAAAAGGUGAGCAAGAUCAGCCUGGUUGACCUUGCAGGGUCAGAAAGGGCCGACUCAACAGGGGCCCAAGGGAAGCGACUUAAGGAAGGGGCCAACAUCAACAAGUCCUUGACAACUUUGGGAAAAGUCAUUUCAGCACUUGCUGAAGUGAGCGCCAUGGAUAAAGUGAGUGCAACCAAGAAAAAGAAGAAGGCUGAUUUUAUCCCUUACAGGGACUCAGUACUUACCUGGCUCCUGAGGGAGAACUUGGGUGGAAACUCCAAGACAGCUAUGGUGGCCGCACUGAGUCCUGCUGACAUUAACUAUGAUGAAACCCUCAGCACACUUAGAUACGCCGACCGAGCCAAGCAGAUCGUGUGCAAGGCCAUUGUUAACGAGGAUCCCAAUGCAAAGAUAAUCCGAGAACUAAAGGAGGAGGUUGUGAAGUUACGAGAACUUCUCUCCCAUGAGGGCAUAAUGAUUGGGGAAGGUCUGCAUGGGAUCCCUCCAGCACCCUCUGGUCGUUCCCGGAAGUCCUCGGUCACUAUCGAGGGCCAAGACGCGGUUGAGAGACUGCAGCUGUCUGAGAAACUCAUUGCAGAGCUGAACCAGUCUUGGGAGGAGAAGCUGAGGAAGACUGAGGAAAUCAAGCGUGAACGAGAGGCAGUGCUUGCAGAGAUGGGCGUGGCAAUUAAACAAGAUGGCGGCACAAUUGGCGUGUUUUCUCCAAAGAAGACGCCACACCUCGUGAAUCUGAACGAGGACCCCUUGAUGUCUGAGUGUCUGAUAUAUUACAUCAAAGAUGGUAUAACAAAGGUCGGUCGUGAGGGAGGGAAAGAUCAACAAGAUGUGAUACUGUAUGGGACAUAUAUAAAGGAAGAGCACUGUCUGUUUGAAAAUGAAGAUGGCAAGGUGACCAUCAUCCCAUGUGGCGAUGCCAUCGUUUACGUGAACGGCGUGAAGCUGUGCGGACCUACGGAACUGAAGACUGGGGCAAGAGUCAUCCUGGGAAAGAACCACGUGUUCCGGUUCAACCACCCUAUACAGGCCCGCCAGAGCCGCGUCUUGCUCUCGGACAUGUCCGACCUACCAACAGAGCCGGUGGACUGGACCUACGCCCAGCUGGAACUUCUGGAAAAGCAGGGUGUGGACCUUCGUAAGGAGAUGGAGUCCAAGCUGCUGGCCCUGGAGGAACAGUACAGAAAGGAGAAGGAGGAGGCGGACCAGCUGUUUGAACAGCAGAGAAAGGACUAUGAGAUCCGCAUCAAGACUCUUCAGGAGGAGGUGGAAAGACACUCCAUGAUGUCCAGCGUGAUCACUGUGUCUGACCUUGUGUCCGAGGAGGAGGCCAUGCUACAACAGCAAGAGUGUGUGUGGACUGAUCGUGACUAUGGUCUGGCAGCCUGGGGUUUCCGUAAGUGGAAGUACCACCAGUUCACGUCGCUACGUGAUGACCUCUGGGGAAAUGCCAUCUUUCUUAAGGAGGCUAAUGCGAUCAGUGUGGAACUGAAUAAAAAGGUCCAGUUCCAAUUCAUCCUGCUGACUGACAGUCUCUAUUCACCCCUACCCCCUGACCUCGUCCCCUCCCAUGAGAGGGACCUGGCCCGGCCUUUUCCUCGUACUGUUGUCGCCGUAGAGGUGCAGGACACAAAGAAUGGGGCCACCCACUUCUGGAGUCUAGAAAAACUAAGACAAAGGCUUGAGCUGAUGCGUGAGAUGUACCAGAAUGAGGCAGAGUUGUCUCCCACCUCUCCCGAACACCCGAACCUUGAUUCCAUGACCGGAACAGACCCAUUUUACGAUCGCUUCCCAUGGUUCAGACUUGUUGGAAGAACGUUUGUGUAUCUAAGUAACCUGUUCUACCCGGUGCCGUUGACUCAUCGGGUCGCCGUGGUGAGUGAGAAGGGAGAGGUAAAGGGAUUCCUAAGGGUCGCUGUGCAGGCCAUACUAUCAGAUAAAGAGGAAGCCCCAGAAUUCGGAACAGGAAUAAGGCAGUCGAGUAACGCUAAGAUCACAUUCAAUGACGAGGAGUACUUCCAGAAGAAGAUGCUACGCUCUGGCCAGACUGCGGUCAAGAAGACACCAGUUUCAUCCACCGAGGAGCUGCGGAUAGUGGAGGGGGAGGGGACUUCCCCUGAUAAUUCAGACCAGAAAGAUAAUGAUAAAUUGGCUGAGCAAAACAAAGUGGACGAAGACACUGAUCGGUUCACAGAGAUAGAUGUCAGUGACCUCCCCACCCACCUCAAGGUCGGCGCCACCUUCCAGUUCCGGGUCACUCUACUGCAGGCCUCAGGGAUCUCCCCAGAAUACGCAGACAUUUUUUGCCAGUUCAACUUCCUACACCGCCAUGAUGAGGCAUUUUCCACUGAACCCCUCAAGAACUCAGGCAAGGGGCCACCCCUGGGCUUCUACCAUGUACAGAAUUUCACAGUAACGGUCACGAAGUCGUUCAUCGACUACAUCAAGAACCAGCCCCUUGUGUUUGAAGUGUUUGGGCACUACCAACAACAUCCUCUACAUGAGCAGGCCAAAGACUCCAAAAACCAGCCCAUAGUUAGAAGACCUUCCAGUAAAAAGUUCCCGAUGCUGUUGCCAAUCUCGAAGCCAGUCCCGUCUCCCAAGUUUGGAGUGAUUACGCCCCAGAUCACCAGCAAACCAGAGUUUAUAAGUCCCAGCAAGUUGAUUAUUGAUAUCAGCAAAGCAAAAGGAGAAGAUGCCUUACUGGAUGAAGAUGUUUCCAGUACAGUACACUCGCGCUAUGACCUUCUGGUCUGGUUUGAGAUUUGUGAACUGGCUCCUAAUGGAGAGUAUGUGCCAGCAGUGGUGGACCAUAGUGAGGACAUGCCAUGCUCCGGGACGUUCAUGUUGCACCAGGGCAUACAGCGCAGGCUAGCCAUCACCAUCACACACGAGCAGGGGCCAGACUUUUUCUGGAAAGACGUCAAAGAACUCGUUGUUGGUCGAAUAAGGACAACCCCUGAUUUCCGUGACUACGACACAGAGCACACAGUUCUCUCCCUUGGCCUGUUCCCAGCAUGCUACAUUCAGCAGCCCAGCGAUGACAGAGUCUUCUUCAGAUUUGAGGCAGCCUGGGAUAGUUCAUUACACAAUUCCCCGCUACUGAACCGAGUCACUGCAUCAGGGGAGAGAAUCUACCUCACCCUGUCGGCCUAUCUUGAGGUGGACAACAGUCCUCAGCCAGCGUGUAUUACCAAGGAUCUGAGUAUGGUGGUGCACUCGAGGGAUACACGGAUAUCCGCCUCAAAUAGUCCUUUCAGGUCGCUGCGCUCCUUGUUCGGGGGCAGUUCCAAGUCCUCAGACUGUAACCGGGUCAGUGGCAUUUACGAGAUGUACCUGCGACAGAUGUACGAGUCAGGUAGUCCAGGAGUUCAGAGACGCCAGAGACGGGUGCUGGACACAUCGUCAACAUACGUGCGCGGGGAGGAGAACCUCAAUGGGUGGCGGCCACGCGGAGACUCUCUGCUCAUAGACCACCAAUGGGAGCUGGAGAAACUUACCAGGCUUGAACUGGUGGAACGUUGCAGACAUGUCUUACUCUUACGGGAAAAACUAGCAGAACAAAAUAAAACACAGGAAUUGAGCAAAAUGGACAAAGAAAUCACAAACAUGUCGAAGAAAGCCCAGGCAGAGAGACGAAAAACCUCGAGUAGAGAUGUGACGAACACGAAAGAACGUCUUGAAGAGAGCAUAACAGAGAAAGAGGAUGAUACAACUGAGAAAGGACGGUUCUCAGUCCUGCGUGACGACAGUUACUAUAACCUGCAGACGAAUGGGGAACCAGAGAAAAUGUUGGCGGCCAAGUGUUUACGACUGAUAAUGCAGGGCCGUAUGCCCGUGGCGCAGAUGAGCGUGAUCAAGACACCGAUGACAGAGUCGGUGGUGAGUUCGGUGUCGUCCUCUGACAGUGACGCAGCCAGCGCCGAGUCCAUGGGAUCCAGUAUGAUGUCAUCAACCUCGGACAUGUUCAAGUCGAUGAGUUCUGAUGCCCAAGUGAAGCAAUCAAAGUCCUCUGACAAUCUGUCCAGUACGUCAGAGAAUGGCAGGUCAUCCCCAGGAAAAGCAGACAGGAAGUUGACCCUCCCUUUGCAGAGUAUACGACCGGACCAGGACAAGCUGAUAUUUGCGCCAGACAUUGAGGAGGUCCGUGUGAGUCCGGUAGUGGCCAGGAAAGGUUACCUGAACUUUCUAGACGAGAAGUCUAACGGAUGGGUCCGCAAGUUUGUGGUUGUGCGUCGUCCGUUUGUGUUCAUCUACAACUCAGAGAGGGACCCCAUGGAGCGAGGAGUCAUCAACCUCACCACCGCCCAGAUAGAGUACAGCGAGGACCAGCAGUCAGUCCUCAAGGCCCGCAACACAUUCACCGUGCUGACCCGUUACCGUGGCUUCCUCCUGCAGACACCUGAUGACAAGGAAUUCCAUGAUUGGUUGUACGCCAUCAACCCACUGCUAGCAGGACAAAUAAGAUCAAAAUUGGCAAGAAGGAAGCAGGUUCCCAUAUAAAUGACACAAAUAAUCAGUUCAAGACAUUGAAAUUUUCCGAAGACGAUUUUACUUCCGUGUCCAAAGUUGAUUAUGUACAUCAGAUGUAAAGUUCUUUAAAUAACCUUAAGAUAUUGUUAAAUAAAUUGCUUAUGGAUAUUACACGGUCAAAUGUUGAGCUAGUCAAUCUGAAAAUAUGUUAAGCUGCUUACCGUAUGUGCAUACAGUUCCUUUGUGAAUCUAUUUAUAGACAUUCAGUGUAUAGGUGAAGCUAUUUAAAGACAUUCAGUACAGCUGUCAAGCUAUUUAUAGACACUCACACCCAUGUGUUGCUUGUUAUUGAUGUGUAAGUUCUUUUUUAAAACACUUGUGAAGUUGGUUCAUUUAAGUAUGUCAAAGGCAAUGGAAUCUGGUCAUAGCUAUUUAAAUAUAUUUUUAUGUCAUGUGUAAAGCUUUUUUUUAGACAUUCAGGCCCAAUGUAAGAAGAUUAAUCAAUUUACUUUUGAGGUGAUUAUUUGGCAAAGCUUCUAUUUAACAUACAUUUUAAUUAACAUGAACAUGCAUUGAUCUUGAAUGCUCAUGAUUUACCAAUUUGUCAUGUACAGUAUAGAUUAUUCUGAUUGUAGAAAUUUUCUGAUCAUUUUGGUGUGCAUUAAAAUAACAAAUUGAAUGGUUUUUGUGAUUACAUGCCGUCAUGAUUUUUGCAGGUGGCUGAUUACAUUUGUUAACUGGUUAAUUUAAGAAGAAUUGUAGCAAAUGCUUUUGUAUUAACUUUGUGGCAAAAUUUAAACAGAUGAUAUUUUAUUUAACUUUAAUUGUAUUUUGAUGUCAUGUUGAAUAUUGGUAAAACAAACUUUAGUGCUUAAAGAGCAGCUUUCAGCAUAUUUUUCUCAUCCAGAAGUACUUUGUGACUAAGUUUAAAUGUGCUUGAAAUUUGAAUUAAUUACAGCUAUUAAUGUUUUGAUGUUUAGCAGGUAGCAAAGUAAUGUUUGUAAGGUGUUAAUAUACAUACAGUCAUACACUUAUUGUUUGUCUAAAUAUAAGCCUAAUUCUUUAACCAUUUUUAUUUCAAUAAAAACAUUAUACAUUGAAAGGCUGACACCAACUUACGACUGCUAUUUUACUUUAAUUAUGUAUGUAUGUAUUGUUUUGAUUAGAAAUGGUCAUAUGUGACUUAAUAUAAUUGUAUGCAUUGUCUUCUUAAUGUAAACUUGUGUAAUAUCUGUAAAACUUUUGUGAACAAUUUAAGCCAGAUAAAGAUCAUCAAUGUAAAAUCAUGGAAGGCUUAUUUUUAACAAAAUUUCCUAAAAAACAAUAAUGUUUUCAUCUUGCAUGGAAGUUUAAUAUGCAUAUUGCUGUAUUUUACUGGUAUUUUGCAGAUAAAUAGCUUUCAUGUCACCUCCCAUUAAGAUCAUGCCUUUGAUGUUGGAGUCAGCAGUGUUAUCACAAUUAUAAUUAAUGUUUAAUUUGAGUAAUUAUUGAACUAGGAUUAUUUUGAAACUUAACAACAUUUUGAGUAGUUAAGGUAUUAAAUGUUAUAUUUUGGCAUUAAAAUGGUAUGGAAAAUGCCUUGCCCUUAUAUAAAUAAUCAUAAAAUGAGUACAAAACACUACUUUAAGAAGGUCGCCAUGGCGCAAUGGAUAUGAUGUCGGCCUAGCAACCGGGAGGUCACUGGUUCAUUGCCACUGUGGGAGCAGUCGCUAGAUCUCCCCUUAAGUACUGGUUCUAGGCCCAGGAAACAGAUUCGAGAGCGUUUCCAAUAAGUAGUAAGUACUUUAAAUGCAGUCAACCUAAAAUUAAUAGGUUCAAACUAAACUACUUAAUUCUUAUAAGCAGCAAACUUAUGUACAGUCCUAUAUAUUUACUGAUUGUGCACUUAUUAUGCCAGUUUGUGUUUUUUUUCAUGAUACAAUCACCUUAGAAAUCAUAAUUUGUUGUGAAUUGUGACAUUUAAGUGAGUGUCAUAAUUAAGCAUUGUGUCAUUGUAAUGGGUGUGCUAUUUAUAGCUUGCCAGUGUAUUGGUAAAAUAUUGGUGUAUUUUAAGCUAUCAUGAUAUGUCAUGUGACCUUUAAGCUUUCAUUCCAAAAUGUGUGUGCAAUAGAACAUGUUUUAUGUUCAUUAUUAUGUAAUUAAUAUAUGGAUUGCUUAUUAUAGCGAUGAAUGUAUUGUAUGAUAUACACUUCAUUAUGUAACUUAGUCAGUGUAAGAUAAUUAUUAAUUAUUUAUUUAUUUAUAAUUAUAUUAUAUUAGUGUUACAAAUUAUUACUGAUGGUUUCUAUGAUAAUUGUUGCUUGUUUUUGAUGAAUUAAAACUGUCAUGUUAAUUAUUCGAAUUUGUUUUUAUACAUUUUUUAAGCUUGUUCAUGUUCAUACAUUAAAUCAAUGUAUUAAUUGAUGUGUGAUAGUUAUGCAGCUUUUGAAGGAUACUUGGUUUCAUGAAAAAUAUUACUUUUCACCUUCUUGCUUGAAAAUAAAAAGAUGGGUUAUUGAACAAAAUUGUAUAUAUAAUCAUACAAACUAAUUUUAGUCGCAACAAAAAAUAUUCAGUCUCAAAAAACUUUUUUAAGUGAACUGUCUAAAAAUACACUUUAAAAAAUCAUAGGCAAAUAAAGAGAUCAUUUUUGUGCAUGCAUUUCUUAAAAGGGUUGAUAUGUCCCAUUUCUUUGACUAUUUGCUGGAAUAUGUUAUUUUUCUCUACAUUUACAUUUAAUACUUCAAUCAAUUUUUCUGAGAGUUGUUGACAGAGUGUUAAUGUUUUUGUUUUUUUAAAGUUCUUUACCUGUAAGUGGACUGUUAUGAUUCAAAAAUGAUUUCUUUGUCCAUGCCAUCACCAUUUAGCUCUUGUUUAUGUUGUGUUUUCCGGAUAUUGAUAUUAUUUGUGAUUUGAUCAAACCCAAAUUUCGCUGAAUUGCGCAUAAUUAUGUGUUUGCAUUAGUCUUCAACAUUCCAUGUAAAAACCAUUCAUUUUUCAUUUGGUCAUCCUCAUUUUCUUUGCAAUACAUGAACAAGUUAUCGUGCCAUAAAAAUGGAUUCGAAUUUCAUAAAUAAUUCUAGGCAACAACAAAACAUAACAACAUUUCAAAGGUGUGUCAGGCUUCAAUAACAAUUUUAAUGCUUCAUGCUAAAAAAAUCUGAAAAUUUUAUAUGAAGCGAUUCAAUUCUCUAUGUUAAAGUUCUUCCAUCACAAAUAAGGUUCAUUUUAACCUGAUUUUGUUGUAUAUUAUUUUAAACCAUAACUUGAGUUCAAAAAGGCUCGUUGUACGCAAAUUCAAGCAAUUGCAUCUUGAACAAAAAUGCAGGUACCCGGUAUUAGAAAAGUCAUGUCUCUUGACUGGAUAUGUCAUUUCAUAUUGCGUAAGGCACUCAUUUAUGGCAAUAUAUAUCUAUCAAAAUUUCCUUGGAAGAAUGAACUGUUAACUGAAUGUGUACAUAUGUUCUUGUUGAAGACUUUUUGACAAUUUUAUUACAUUUAUUUUCAUAUAUAUGUCAGUUUGCUUGUUGUCAAAAGUUUCAAAACAUAAUUGUGCAAUAUUAUUUAGGUAGUAUAUCAUGUAAUCAUAGACAUGAAUCGGCAAUGAAUGAACAAUGUGAUAAAUCACACAUGUUAAUUUAUUUGAGACAUCUAUGAUAAGGGUAACAUGGUGGUUUAUUUAUGUCAUGUACAACAUGGUCUCAGACAACCUAAUUGGCUGGAAUUAUUUAGUCUGCAAUGGUGAAUAUUUACCUCCAACAUAACUUGAACAUCACAGAAAUGAUGAGAUGAUAUGACCAGUUCUUCAUAUUUUUUCAUGACACUUGAAUCAUGGAUAGAUGGUAAUAUGGAGAUUAUGCACGUCAUUUCAUUUUGUUCCUACGUCUGGAAUUCUGGUCGCUAUGGCAACAAAUAGACUAGAAAUAUUUUACAAAUAGACUAGAAAUAUUGCUAAAAAUAGUGGAUCCUGCAUUAACUUUAAAAGUUUGUCAUAUAUUUUGAUGAAACUUGAAACAUGGAUAGAUGGCAAUAUGGAGAUUAUGCACGUCAUUUCAUUUUGUUCCUACGUCAAGAAUUCUGGUUGCUAUGGCAACAAAUAGACUAGAAAUAUUGCUGAAAUGGUGGAGUUUCACCGGUAGGGGACUUAUAUUGCUUGGCAAUAGUCUUGUUUCAUCAAUAAAUUAAAUGUUCUGUUACAAAACAAUGUAUCUCUACGUAUGACAAUUGCAAUAGUUUAUUUGUAGGUCAAUGGCCCAAAAUAUCUGAAAGUGUGAUUAUCAGACAAACAGUUUCUGCAUUACAUAUGUCAUUUCACUUAGAAUCAUUAUAAUAGCAAACUUAAUUGCAAUAUGAAAAUAUUAAGAUUUAGCUAAUCUUGGUAAAACAGGCUUAAGAGCUUCCAAGAACUAUGGCAGGACUUGGAUUCCAAUCACAUAUCUGCCUCUCAAACAUAUGUUAGAUAGAAACUUGUAAGCCAAAGGUGGUUAUGUCAUGUGCUAUAUACACUUUACAGUUAAAUUUCCAAGUGAUGAAAUGUAGAACAUUAUUUUAGCAAUUGCAAGGCCUAAACAUCUGGAUUCUUGCGUCUAGGUCAUUUUGUUGAUACCAAAAGGUUUCAAACACUACCUUAUAGUAAGCUUUUAGAUAGGUCAUUAAAUUUAUUAUUGUUAGGCCUGUUUUUCACGUUUAUGUUUAAUAUAGACAAAACUUCAUUUACAUAUUUUUCUAUUUAUUGUCAAUGGUAUUCAUGAUCUAAUCAAUUCAAAAUUUUAUGUUUUACUUUCUUCUUAACUGAACAUUUUUGAUGAAUUUUAUCGAAAAAAAAUUUUUUUUUUAAAUGAAAUAAAAGUAUAUAUAUAUUUGUAGUUUGCAAGGCAAAAAGAUCUGGAUACUUGCAGAACAAAAUAAAACCAGAUAAGAUAAAUUGUGCUUAAUUGAAAGUCAUUUUCAUUUACAAGAUGUGACUUAUUUAAUGAUACUAAACAACAAAAAUUAAUAUGUUGGUAUUAUGCAUAUAAUUGUUCUACGUUAUGUUAUAUGUACUGAUUCUCCACUGAUUGGUAUAGACCUGACCAUUGGUAGUCAAAACAGAAGAUCAAAGCUUGAUGUUGGUUGGUUUUCACAGAACUGUUUACAGAUCUCUUCGUUUAGUAAAGAAGUAAAACUUACCUAUCAAUGUUUAUAUUUGAAUUGAACAGCAUUUAUUUAUAUGAUGUUCAGCUAUGAAACCAGCAAUGUGUAUAAGUUUGGAACAAAUUUAUUUAUACAUCAUAUUUAUGAAUCAGAUAUAUUCAUAUAGACGCGUUUUCUACUGACACAAAGCCCUCAAACCCGUUUUAACCAUAAUACUUUGCAUUGGCCAUUUUAAUGCUUUGAUCCUAUUUUUCAUUAUUUUUGUUUUAUACUUUAUGUUCUGUUAUAAAAUAAAUUAAUACACCAUGUAGAAACAAAAAUUCCUCCCCUGAUAGAGCUUCUGGAGUUUAAUUGUUUGCUAUUGUUUACAAUAAUGUAUUGAAAGUUGAAAAUCAUCCUUGGUAUAAAAUACAACCUUACAAGUAACUUUAAUUAUAAGAUAGUAUUACACUCACUGUUGAUUUGUAUUGAAGUCAAAACCUGUACACUAUUGGUAUACUUGUACUAAGUCUGUGAUAUUUAUUUUUAUUUUCACUUUCAUAUAUGUUCUUUCUCAUUUUAUGUUUUUUUUAAAUCUAAAAAAAUUGUUUGCAUUGUUGAAACGUUUCAAGACGAUUCCUUGAAAUCCUUGUGAAAUCCGAUGGACUAAAAUGUUUUGUACACUUUCCUUUUUAAAAUGCAGUUUGUGAUAAAAAAUAUAUCCUACAUUACGAGUACUCUGAUAGGGUGGUAUCUUAAAUAUCCUAUUUCUUUCAGUUUCGAUACAAAGAUAGGAUAUUUAAUGUUCUCUCAGGAAUGUAUUAAACUUUCAGUUCCUGUAAGAUCUAUUGUCAUAAUUAAUGUGUCAAAUAUCUGGCAUAGUUCCAACUUCUUGGCAAAAAUGUAAGGGAGUGAAGUUCAGUUCAAAGUAGAUGAUGAUAUGAACGCUUACAUCAAAUCUGCAUUCUGAAAAGACAUAAUCAGAAUACGUAUCGUGUCCUUCCAUGUUUGUCACUUAUUGAAGUUGGAUGUUUUUCCGUAAUGUUUUAUAAACAUUUCUAUGUUCACAUUUGUAUUUUUUCUGUGUGUUUACAAUGUAAAACUUCCUUGAGAAAAUGUUGAACACACAACAUAAAUACCAUAUAGAUCCUUAAACGUCAUAUAAUACAUGGUAUUGGUAGUAGAGUAAGUAAUAAAUAUUAAUCAUAUACAUGUAUGUACAUUUUUUAUAAUCCAUUAUAUUUAAAUUUAAUAUGUUAUUACGUUCAUUCAUAUGAUAAGAAAAGUGUUCAUUAUUAAAAAAGAUUGAUUAAGUAUGAACAGUGUCUUAUCUAAUAAUGGUCAUUCACAUGACUUUUGCUGUUAAAAAUACAAUAAGUAUAUUAUGUAUACACAUUUGUCGUGGUAUGGAAAUCGUAAAACCCACAUUGAUAAAUGUAUGUUUAUUUGUUGCCAGCAUACUUUUGGCUAGUUAACACUUGCUGCUUAGUUAUUGUUGCCGUGUUGUAAAAGCUCUCUGUUUUCAUUGUUAGUGAAAAUGUUAACGCAAGAACAUGCAAACAAAAAAUAAACAACAAAAAUGU